AUGAGUAAGUUUAAGAUGAGCUGUUCUGAAUUCCUUGUACAGAUUGGCAUCAUUGGUGGAUCAGGCCUUAACAAUCCAUCCCUGUUUGAGGAGACUAGUGAAUGCACUGUUCAGACUCCCUAUGGAGAUCCUUCUGAUGUUCUGCGUGAAGGUCUCAUAAAUGUACCAUGUGUGCUGCUGGCAAGGCAUGGAAGGAAACACACCAUUAUGCCAACCAAUGUGAACUACCGAGCCAACCUAUGGGCACUAAAGGAAAAGGGUUGUACACAUGUUGUUGUGUCGACUGCAUGUGGUUCACUGCAAGAACAUAUUAAGCCUGGGGACUUUGUAAUCAUUGACCAAUUCAUUGAUAGAACUACAAAGCGUCAUCAGACUUUCUAUGAUGGUGCUGAUAACCACCCUCCAGGAAUUCUUCACCUGCCCAUGGACACCCCCUUUUGCGGAGACACUCGCAAGCUACUCCUUGAAUCAUGCCAGGAUUUAGGAUAUACUGCACAUCCUACAGCACGGAUCAUUCCCAUCAUGCGACAGGUUUUCACUGUUAGACAACUAUUGACCAUCAAGAAACGAUCAAAUUGGUUAUUUGUGCUUCUGUGGUUAUAUGUUUACAUGUUUCUUUUAGAGCUGUUAUGCUGGUACACGGCGAGGCAGGAGAAACAUUAG